GGGCAGGUACCCCAAGGAUGUCCCCACACACAUGCCCGAAUGGAACAGAGCACAGCGCUCCCGUCUGAACAAUAAUAAGUGAGAAUCACUUUAGGAAGCUUGUCUGCUGGCAUAUGAAUUUACAGGCUGGGACUCGUCAAGACGAACUGAGUAAUAAGAGCAUCGGCGACCUUUGGUUAUUAUGCGGUUCUCUUCCGCGUUGGGAUGUUCAGCAGGGAUAAACGGGGGGGUUACUGCAGUUCAGUGUCCUGUUUACGGAGGCUGUCAAAGAUCGAGCUGCGCUCCCGGGAGAGAGCUCUCUUAAUUUCCCCAUUCCGGCUGGCUCACCAUGUUUUCCCACCUGAAGCGUGGGUGUUAUUCGCUCGGCAGGCUGGAUGCGCAGGCGGGGAUGAGGGCUGCGGCGGCUGCUGCGCUCCGUUACGGCGCCUCCCUUGCCCCGGCGGCGGCUGCCUUUAGCUACGGUGCCCGGCGGGCUUCGUCCACCACUCAGGCGGUGGCCAGCAGAGGCAGACUGAAAGUCAUAGACGAACUGUCGGGGCCCAGCUUCCCCACGUCCCUCUACUGGCUCUUCGGAAAGGGCUUUUUCCGGAAAACGCAUCAAAUGCAAAUUGAACACAGCAAGAUCUAUGGCCCUCUCUGGAAGUCAAAGUACGGGCCGCUAGUCAUCGUCAACGUGGCGACUGCGGAGCUCAUCGAGCAGGUGCUCAGGCAGGAGGGGCGCCAUCCGGUGCGUACUGACAUGCCGCACUGGAGGACCUACCGUGAGCUCCGCAACCACACCUACGGACCACUCACUGAAUUGGGGGCCGAGUGGAAGCGCAUCAGGAGCAUCCUGAACCCAAGAAUGCUGAAGCCCAAGCACGUGUCCACCUACACGGGAGCCAUCAAUCAGGUGGUGAGCGACUUCAUUCUCAAAAUCGAUUGGCUCCGACAGACCCAGGAGGGUGGGACCAUUGUGCACGACAUGGCUGGAGAAUUGUACAAGUUUGCCUUUGAAGGCAUCUCCAUGGUGCUAUUCGAGACCCGCAUGGGCUGCCUCAGUAAGACCGUCCCAGAGGAGACGCAGAAGUUCAUCUUCUCCGUGGGGGAGAUGUUCCGCCUCUCCUCAAUCAUCGUGCUCUUCCCUAAGUCCACCUGGCCCUACUUGCCCUUCUGGAAGCACUUUGUGUCCGUCUGGGACCAUCUCUUCAAAGUCGCUGGAGAUCUGGUGGAGAAGAAGAUGACUGAGAUCAGUGCGAAGAUGAAGCAGGGGGAAUCCGUUGAGGGGGAGUACCUGACCCACCUGCUGGUCAGCGAGCAGAUGUCUGUCACUGAGGUUCUGGGGAGUAUCACUGAGCUGCUUCUGGCCGGGGUGGACACGACGUCCAAUACCAUCUCGUGGGCCUUGUAUCACCUCGCUCGGGAUCCUCUCAUCCAGACCCAACUGAGCAACGAGGUGUCCAGCAUCUGCCCCGGGGACAAGGUGCCCACCAGUGACGACAUCACAAAGAUGCCUCUGCUGAAGGCCAUCGUGAAGGAGACCUUGAGGAUGUAUCCAGUGGUGCCUGGAAAUGCCCGUACCACUAUUGACAAUGAAAUUGUGGUUGGAGGUUACAUCUUUCCAAAAAAUACGCUGUUCCACCUGUGCCACUACGCCGUGUCCUACGACGCACAGAACUUCCCGCAGCCGUUUGAUUUCCGGCCCGAACGCUGGCUCCGGAACGCCGACCAUUUCAAGCAGCACCCCUUCAGCUCUGUGCCCUUUGGCUUCGGAAUUCGUGGCUGUCUGGGGAGGAGGGUGGCUGAGCUGGAGAUGUACCUCAUCUUGUCGAGGUUAAUAAAACACUUUGAAGUACGGCCAGAUCCUUCUGGAGCCACAGUGCAGCCGAUCACCAGAACCCUGCUGGUGCCGUCCACGCCCAUCAACCUGCAGUUCCUGGACAGGAAAGCUCAGUGAGCGAUGAGAUACUGAUGCUAACACUAAUGCUAUCGUUACAAGUGUUACCAAGGCCUUGAACUGUGCUGCUCUAACACAUUUCCCAGUGAGGUUUGUCUGUGACUGUAACCAUGAGCAAAUAGUGUAUUUACACAGUACAGUUUAAACAGUGGAUUGUAGCAUCAGUUUUGUAAAUACCUUCAUUAUUUGGGUUUUGGCUCAUUUUUACUACUUUUAAAAGAGCACAGUAAUCAAAUAAUUUUAAUAUCUUUGUUAUAUGUAAAUAUUAAAAUAGUAUAUUUCUUUCUGUAUUAAAAUGAAGGGAGUGGAAUAGAAUUCAGAAUAAGCGAUGCAUGCAAAUUCAUCUUCUAUAAUAAUUGUGUAUUAAGCAAGGGAUUUAACUGGAGGCCUUGGCUUAGGUAAGACUAUUAAAUGUACAUGCAUUUGUAUUGUGAAGUAUAGUGUUGGGUCUCAAGACAUUCAGGUGAGUUAAUUAUUAACAAGAAAAUGAACUAUUACUCCCUGCGAUGGGCUGGCCCCCCAUCCUGGGUUGUUCCCUGCCUCGUGCCCAUUGCUUCCGGGAUAGGCUCCGGACCCCCUGCGACCCAGUAGGGUACGCAGUUUGGAAAAUGGAUGGAUGGAUGGAUGAACUAUUACUAUUAAGACACUAAUUCUGUUGAAUGAGGUACACUCAUUGAAUCAAACUGUCUGUUCUCUGCUCAUCAGCAGCAGGUGCUGAAAAGGCUGACAAAAUGUAAAAAAAAAAUGAAAACCAGAUGUUUCAACGCUAUCCUAUUUCUAAUGAAUAUAGUGUGGGCAAUUAUAGUGUUAAAUACAGGUUGAGAUAGGAAGAUGGAACCGGAGUUUAGGUGGCCCUCUAGUGUUCAUCUUUGGGCACUGCUAUAAACUGUUCCGUGAGGUUUAGGUAAUGCAUAAUAAUCAUAGUCAAACGUAUUGAUUUACUGCAAUUACUAAAUAGACCUUACAAAGUUAAACUUGUCCAGGCUGGAAUUUUAAAUUUUAAAUCUAUGAAAAAUGUAAUGUAGAAAAUGAGGAGGGCAUUAGGUGCCAUUAAUCACGGACUAUCAAACAGGCAAACUCAUUUCAAGAAAUAUUGUCUCGUUUACAUAAUAAAUGCAUUCCAUACAUAGUAAUACUGCAAGCCAGGCUCCUACUACAUCUAUACAAAUAUCUAAAUAACUAAAUAUUUAAAUGCGAAAUAUUCAAUAUUAUAACGAUUAUUUUAGUAUAACAUUCAGUUGUUGCACAGCGUGUACUUUCAACCAGUAGAUGGCGUUUGAGCCCAUGUUUUGGUGCAAUUACGUUAGUAUUCAUGGAAUAUUCAAUCUCCUCUGUUUGCGGAACAAAAAGAAAUUUAAACAACGAUAGAUCCCGUUUCCCUAAAUCUGGCCUUGGGAAAUAUAAAGGUAGUCCUGGGUUAAUACUAAUUGUACACUCUCACUAAGUCACAUCAAGUAGUGUUUCCAAUUCUUGGAAGCAAGUGCAACUUGAUACAGUAAUGAAAAUGUCUCAUUUUGGGGUUAGCAGGGGUGAAUUUUGUUUCAGCUUAGUUUAUUUGAAAACUCUGUGUCAUGAAUCAGCAUCCCAAAUUGUAAUAUUAUUCUGAGAAGCUAUGGCUGUAACGUGCUCUUGCUGUGAGAUGGUUACCCUUGUGAACAACAGACUGUUAUCACACAGAAAUAAAACCAGCAUGGCCUAAAAUAA